AUGUCUUCGUCGACGAUCCCAUUGCGUUCAGCGAUGGCACUACCAGCACCUCGGCCAUCGACCUUCAACGAGCGAAUGGCUGCUCGUUGGGCUACCAUUCUCCGAGUCCUCCAUCGGCACCUCUACUUUCUCGGCCCCGGCAUCGUCGCUUCUGUCGCCUAUGCUGACCCGGGCAACUGGGCCACCGACUUGCAGGCAGGCUCCGAAUUUGGGUAUUCGCUUCUCUUCAUCGUCCUGCUCACCGGUUGCUUCGCCGUCUUUAUUCAAAUCCUCUCUUGCCGCGUCGGUGUGGUUACCAACGCCGACCUGGCACGACAAUGCCGUAUGCUCAUUCUCAAAGAGGAUCGGCUCGGCAAUCCUACGCAGCGCCACGUCUCGCGCCCCAGAUUGCGCCGAUGGGCGCUCCUCUAUCCACUCUAUGUCAUCGCUGAGGGUGCCAUCGUGGCCACAGAGCUCGCAGAGUUGACCGGAUCUGCCAUCGCUCUCAAUCUCCUCUUUCCGGCAUUGCCACUGUGGGCGGGUAUCUUGAUCACCUCGGUCGAUGUUAUCAUCAUCCUCUUCAUCUACAAGCCGCCACCCAACGGAAGCUUUCGGCUGCUGGAAGCUCUCAUCGCCGCGCUCGUCUUUACCGUCUUGGCUUGCUUCAUCGUCCUGCUCGUCAGAAUCAAGCCUCACUGGCCCGACGUGUUUCAUGGCUAUCUGCCUUCGCAUCACGUAGUGCAGAGCGGUGCACUCUAUGUCAGCGUCGGUAUCUUGGGCGCUACUGUCAUGCCCCAUGCUAUCAUCCUCGGCUCUCACUUUGCUUCUAUCGACCGACUUCCUAGCCUCGACCCGCCCUGCGCCAGUGACGACGUCCAACAUUGCGCAGACCAGUCCCGGUGGCAGCUCAUCAGCUCCUCCUUUUCUCGCCUCGUACGCCCGAAAUCAGAGACAAAGACCGAAGUGCUCCGACUUACGCGCGUCGUACGCUCGCUCAUAUCGCAUCGCACCGGCACGGACGACAUUGAAACCGACUCGAUGCGGCAGAGACGACGUGAGCGUUACAAAGCCGAGGACUUGCCACCACGGACGCUCGACAACAUCCGGAUUCACAUCAAGCACGCUUCUGUAGAUAUUGGCAUGUCGCUUGUCAGCUUUGCCAUUGUAAUCAACAGCGCGAUCCUCAUCGUCGCAGCAGCAGCCUUCUACUACACCGAUAAUGGUACCGGUACCGGUACUGCCACGGGUCAGGUGGUGGUAGCUAGCCUGUACGACGCUUUCUACCUGCUCAAGGAUCGUCUUGGUAGUCUUGCAGCCGUCUUGUUUGCCGUUGCGCUGCUAGCGGCUGGACAGAGCGCGAGUAUCACUGUGACGUUGGCCGGACAGUUGGUGAGCGAAGGGUUUAUCAAUUGGCGCACCGAUCCGUUUUUGCGUAGGAUCGUGACGAGGUUGGUGGCAAUCGUGCCGAGUUUGACCGUCUCGCUAGCGGUGGGUAAGGACGGUCUGGAUGAAAUGCUCGUGGCUAGUCAGGUGGCUCUGAGUAUUGAGCUUCCGUUUGUGCUGCUGCCUUUGAUCUUGGUCACAGGUAGCAAGACAAGGAUGACGGCACAAGUGGCGACCGAGCGGCGCGAUGCCUGCUCGGUGAGAUCCAGUGUUGAGCUUGAUGCACCAAGCGUCGAAGCGAACGACCAAGCAAGCGCGCAGGCUACUGCAUGCACGGCCCAACAUGGACGCCAGCUCGAGAGGAAUGACAGCACGCGUGCUUCGCUCGGCGUCAUCGAAAGCUUGCCCCGAGAGCAAGACGCGCCAGCACCGGAUCAGGACAACAAGGAGUCGCAGCCGCAGCAGCCGCAGGCGUCUGCGUCAACACGCGUUGCCUCACUAGCGGAUGCGCUGGAUUCGUCCCAAGACAGGUCGCAUUGCUUCGCCUCGGCAUGGUACGUGCAAGUGGUGGCUUAUGCGAUUUUUGGUGUGAUCGUGGUCGCAGACGUCUAUGUGUUGGUAACCACGUUCAUGGAUAUAUGA